UUUAGAUUGAUAGCUCUAUUAUUAUUUUGUAUUCUGGGUGCAAUGUUGCGGCUGAGUGUUCACCAACGGUCGCUGUCGUCUUUGUGCGGUUUGGCACAUCGGGCUGCUGCUGCUGCUGCUACUACGGCUCCCACGGCGACCGCUGCUGCCACUCCGGCCCCACAAACCAUCGAGAUUGUCAGGAUGGGACCUCCAGACCACGUCACCAACCUCCGCCCGUUCGAGAUCAUCCCGGCCGCAAACGAAUCUGUCGCCGAGCGCGAGUACCGCGAGAUGCGCAUCGCCGCAGCGCAAGGGCACGAUCGAUUCUGGCGUAGUAACAACACGCGGUUUGUACAAGAAAAGGCAGCAUUCGAAGCAGAGCUGGCACGCACCCAGCCGGGACAGCCCAUCACCGCAGAGACGCUCUCCGUGUUCUACAAGCGCUUCCUCGAUCACAACCUGCCACUGCACAAGGCCUACAAUGCCGAGUGGUGGCGCAUCAACAUUUCCAUGCUAGUUCCUGCUGCACGGGCAACGAUCGCCAGAGUGCGUCGCCAAGUGUUUGGAUGAAGCGUUUUGCCAGUCGUGUUACUUUUUGGCAAAGCUGCUCUUAUGUUAACGACCCCAUUUUCCUUAAUAUCUCAUGUUGUUUAUUUUU